AUGGACCCUGAAACUGUUGCAGAGUGGUGCCAAACCCUAAACAUCAACACAGACCAUUGUCUAGCACUGCUACUUCCUAAAGAAGAUUUUACUACUAGGCAAAUAUAUCAAUUAAUGGAUGAAGUCAUUCCCCAGGGUCGUUGUUUCAUAAGAGGCAUGAAGAAAGAUGAUGCUACUGCUACCACAAGUGUGUUGCUGGAGUGGGACUGCCGAGUAAUAAACCUAAAUGCACCACCUACAGUAGAGUUUGGUAAAGAGGGCCACAAAGCUCGGUUAGUUUUCCCCACUGAAGGGUCACCAGAAGGGGGAUCUCCUACAUCUACUGCAAAUGAGCCACCUUUGGCUGUGUCCACAACAAUAGGACCUGACUUCAUUACUGCCCUAGGUGACUUUGUUGAGAAAUGUACAAAGGGCAGCAGCCCCUAUAAUGGGAUUGGUUAUCGUAAACUGCGGUUCUUCUCUGGAUCCCAGCCUGUUCCUACAGGUGAGGAUGAUUAUGAGUCUUGGAUGGAACAGUCUAUGCAAGUAUUGGAUGAAUGGGAUAUUCCUGAGGCCCAUAAGAAACAAAGAAUAGCUGAAAGUCUGAGAGGAGCAGCUGCAGACACUGUGCGGAAUCUGAAGUUAAGUAAACAGGACUGCACUGCCUAUGAUUAUCUGCAAGCUUUGCAAGAUGUGUUUGGCAGAACUGAAAAUGCUGCUGAUCUACUUUACCAGUUUGAGCAUACUUAUCAGGGGCAUGGAGAGAAAUUGUCAGACUAUAUACAACGUCUAGACAAAAUCCUUCAUCAGAUAUUGUUAAAGAAGGGCUUGGAUCCAAAGUUGGUGGACAAAGUGAGAGUGAAACAGAUCCUACAGGGAGCUCAACCCCUUGAUCCCAUAAUGCUGAAGUUGAGGAUGAAACAAGGGGAGGAAACACUCACGUACAAUCAGCUAAUAAAAGAAGUCCGAGAGGAGGAAGCCAGGCUAGAGGUCAAAGGGUCGAUGGUGGGUGCCAGCUCUGGGCCAAAAGCCACAGUCAAAACUGUAUGCCCUAUGGAAUCAAGUCAAGAGAUGACCCAGAUGAGGGGACAACUACAGAUGUUAACCGAACUAAUGACUCAGUUAACCAAAAGUCAUUUGUCAACCUCGGGGGCAGCUAGCACUAUGCUCAAUACCACAUCUGCAAGGUCAGACAGGCCUGGUCCUACCCCUGAUAACACUUUCGGAAACAUAGUGAUAUGUUACAAGUGUGGAGAGGCUGGUCAUUAUAGAGCACGAUGUCGAAACAAACCAAACCCCGAUAAAGUAAUCAACCAAUUAUCUAAAUUACUGAAUGCAGAGAGGAAAAAGAUGCAGGGAAACUUCAGAGAGCCUCAGUGA